GCUUCAGCCUCAUGAGUGCUGUGAUUACAGAUGAUAGCAUUUCUGCUGCAAGUACUUCUGAUGUUCAAGAUCGCCUAUCAGCUCUUGAGUUACGAGUUCAACAGCAAGAAGAUGAAAUCACUGUGCUGAAGGCAGCUUUGGCAGAUGUUUUGAGGCGUCUUGCAAUCUCUGAAGAUCAUGUGGCCUCAGUGAAAAAAUCAGUCCCAAGUAAAGGACAACCAAGUCUUCGAGAAGCUAUUUCUAUGUCCUGUAUAACCAAUGGAAGUGGUGCCAACAGAAAACCAACUCACACCAGUUCGGUCUCAAUUGCAAGAAAAGAAACUCUCUCAUCUGCUGCUAAAAGUGGUACAGAAAAAAAGAAAGAAAAACCACAAGGACAGAGAGAAAAAAAAGAGGAAUCUCAUUCUAAUGAUCACAGUCCACAAACUCGAGCAUCACCUUCUCCCCAGCCCUCUUCACAACCUCUCCAAAUACACAGACAAACUCCAGAAAGCAAGAACUCUGCUCCCACUAAAAGCAUAAAAAGACCACCAACAGCUGAAAAGUUACAUAAUUCAUGGGAAAAUCCAGAUGAUAGUCGUAAUAAAUUAUUGAAAACACCUUCAACGUCAAAAUUAAUAUCAAAAGUUUCAAAAAAUACAGACAAGCAUAAAGAUGUCAUCAUCAACCAAGAAGGAGACUAUAUUAAAAUGUUUAUGCGAGGUCGGCCAAUUACAAUGUUCAUUCCUUCUGAUGUUGACAACUAUGAUGACAUCAGAACGGAACUGCCUCCCGAGAAGCUCAAACUGGAGUGGGUAUACGGUUAUCGAGGGAAGGACUGUCGAGCUAACGUUUACCUUCUUCCCACGGGGGAGAUAGUUUAUUUCAUUGCAUCAGUAGUAGUACUAUUUAAUUAUGAAGAAAGAACGCAGCGACAUUACUUGGGUCAUACAGACUGUGUGAAAUGCCUUGCUAUACAUCCUGACAAAAUUAGGAUCGCAACUGGACAGAUAGCUGGAGUGGAUAAAGAUGGAAGGCCUCUGCAACCCCAUGUCAGAGUGUGGGAUUCUGUGAGUCUCUCCACACUGCAGAUUAUUGGACUUGGAACUUUUGAGCGUGGAGUGGGAUGCCUGGAUUUUUCAAAAGCAGACUCAGGAGUUCAUUUGUGUGUUAUUGAUGAUUCCAACGAGCAUAUGCUUACUGUGUGGGACUGGCAGAAAAAGUCAAAAGGAGCAGAAAUAAAGACAACAAAUGAAGUUGUUUUGGCUGUGGAGUUCCACCCAACAGAUGCAAAUACCAUAAUAACAUGUGGUAAAUCUCAUAUUUUUUUCUGGACUUGGAGUGGCAAUUCUCUAACAAGAAAACAGGGAAUUUUUGGGAAGUAUGAAAAACCAAAAUUUGUGCAGUGCUUAGCAUUCUUGGGGAAUGGAGAUGUCCUGACUGGAGACUCAGGCGGAGUCAUCCUAAUAUGGAGCAGGACUACUGUAGAGCCCACGCCCGGGAAAGGACCGAAAGGUGUGUAUCAAAUUAGCAAACAAAUCAAAGCCCAUGAUGGCAGUGUAUUCACACUUUGUCAGCUGAGAAAUGGGACCUUAUUAACUGGAGGAGGAAAAGACAGAAAAAUAAUUCUAUGGGAUCAUGGUCUGAAUCCUGAAAGAGAAAUAGAGGUCCCUGAUCAGUAUGGCACAAUCAGAGCUGUAGCAGAAGGAAAAGCAGAUCAGUUUUUAGUAGGCACAUCACGAAACUUUAUUUUACGAGGAACAUUUAAUGAUGGCUUCCAAAUAGAAGUACAGGGGCACACAGAUGAACUCUGGGGUCUUGCCACACAUCCCUUCAAAGAUUUGCUCUUGACAUGUGCUCAGGACAGGCAGGUGUGCAUGUGGCACUCAGUGGGGCAUAGGCUGGAAUGGACCAGGCUCUUGGAUGAACCAGGACACUGUGCAGAUUUCCAUCCAAGUGGCACGGUAGUGGCCAUAGGAACGCACUCAGGCAGGUGGUUUGUUCUGGAUGCGGAAACCAGAGAUCUAGUUUCUAUCCACACGGACGGGAAUGAGCAGCUCUCUGUGAUGCGCUAUUCAGUAGAUGGUACCUUCUUGGCUGUAGGAUCUCAUGACAACUUCAUUUACCUCUAUGUAGUUUCAGAAAAUGGAAGAAAAUAUAGCAGAUACGGAAAGUGCACUGGACAUUCCAGCUACAUCACACACCUUGACUGGUCCCCAGACAACAAGCAUAUAAUGUCUAAUUCAGGAGACUAUGAGAUAUUGUACUGGGACAUUGAAAACGGCUGCAAACUAAUCAGGAAUCGAUCAGAUUGUAAGGACAUUGAUUGGACAACAUAUACCUGUGUGCUAGGCUUUCAAGUCUUCGGUGUGUGGCCAGAAGGAUCUGAUGGGACAGACAUCAACGCACUGGUGCGAUCCCACAACAGAAAGGUGAUUGCUGUUGCUGAUGACUUUUGUAAAGUCCAUCUGUUUCAGUAUCCCUGCUCCAAAGCAAAGGCUCCCAGUCACAAGUACAGUGCACACAGCAGCCAUGUCACCAAUGUCAGUUUCACUCAUAAUGACAGUCACCUGAUUUCAACUGGUGGAAAAGACAUGAGCAUCAUUCAAUGGAAACUUGUGGAGAAGUUAUCCUUGCCUCAGAAUGAAAUUGUAGCAGAUACUACUUCAACAAAAGCCCUCACCUCUUCCAUCGAAGGUGUCAUCCAGGCUGACGCUUAUACACCAGCCCCUUCCCAGUCCUUACAUGAGAUAGCUGAAGAAGACAGUAGAGUGAGCAACUCUCCCACACUCCUGGAGAACAGCCUGGAGCAGACUGUGGCACCAAGUGAAGACCGCAGCGAGGAGCAGAGCGAGGGUGGCAGCGAAGAGCUCGGGGAGCCUGCUGAUGAGGGGCCGGCCAGUGAGGCGGGCGAGGAGCCGAGAGAGGACCAGCAGGAAGCCCCCGCGCAGCCCUGAGGCCCUGGCUUCAGCACAGCAUGGGAACCCUUCAGCAGCAUGGGGUUCCACGCAAGAGUCCAGAUAACGGGCCAGCCACUGACGGAGCCUUGCUGUGGACGGAGACUUUGUUUUCCACAUGGUCUCCUUCCUUCAGUAUCCUUUAGUCUUUCAGAUGCAGCCAACCUGAAGGUUCAGUUUGGUAUAUGUUGAGAGUUAACAAAACUUAAAAGGACUGAGGCAUUAAUUCUGUCUCAGAAAUCACUGUGCCUAUAAGUGGGAUGAUGUAAAUACUGGAAACAAAAGUAGUUUUUGAUUGAAGUAAACCCCCUUGUUAUCUGAACACCUUUUCUUCAGGAACCACCAGAGGCAUCGUACACAAUUACUCGUCUGCUGGCCUAGACGCCCCUGUUCGGAUGCAGAAAAAGAACCUGGAGCAGGAAUGUGCUCUUCCUGUGAUGUCUUCCCACCAAAGUCUAACGGAAAUUUCUUAAGAAAAACUUCAGUAUUGCCUUGUGCAAUGGUGUUGCCUUCUUGAGUAAUGACUUUUUACACUACCAGUAGAUGUGCAGAUGUGCUUGUUAGUCUACUACAUAGGUGCUGCCUUUUCUAAGUUAAAACAAGGAACAGUCCUUCAUUUCUGGUGUGCAAAUCUAUUUUAUCCUAGAAGAGCUCAUUGGUUGAAGAGCUUUUAAUGUAUAUUAAACCAUUGAUGCUCAGAAAUGUUGGAUUCCUCCAAAGAGUCCUUCUCUGGCUUAAACAUUUUCUGAUGUUUGGCGUUCGAGUGAAUGGAAGAAGAAAACCACAUGCCUUUACAACUAAGCUGCAGUAAUGACCUGGCUAAUUUUAGCUCAGCCUCCUUCAUUAUUUGUUCCCUCAACAGGAGAAAUAUGAACACAGUAAGUUUAAGCAACUGAAUUGGUGCUUGAAAUCCAUUUGUUUAAUUGUAAUUUUCUUACAAAUUAAUUAUAUGGAGGAAUAAGAUACUCAGCAAAUUGCAAAUUCUUUUUUUUAACAGAAGUGUGAAUAACAGUAAUUUUUUAUGAACUGCAUACUUCACAGAUUUUCUAUAUGUGGUGAUUUUUUUUCUGGUGAAGUUGCUACAAGCCUUGCAAAUUUAAUACGGCUCUGUCCAGUUUGGGGCCAUGCAUGUAUUUUGCUGCAUUGGGAAAUGGUUUUUGUUUUUGUUUUUUAUUUUUUUUUUAAGUUUUGUCAAACUAUGUUUUUCUUAUAUAUGUUUUUGUUUUUCCUACUUUAAGUACUGACAAAUAUGUAUUUCCUAUGUAUUUGUUUAUACUUUGACUACAAAUUUUUUUAUUUUUUAACUUGCUGCAGUGUUUUGAUACUUUUUUUUUAGUCUAAUCAUGUUUAGAAACUUUGGGCAAGUUCAGAAGUCUUAAGUAUGCAAGAGUUUACGUGAUUGUGCCAUUCCAAAGUGCAACAGAACUGUCAUUCCCUUCUAGUAUCUUCUCAGGAGUAACGCUUAUCAGGUAUUUCAUCAUCAUUUGGUAUAUGGAAACUGCAGUGAGCUCCCAAGGACACUUGCACCAUUUAUAGUCACACGUUGUGUGGAAGGGUGAGAGUGAGUGUGAAAGGGCAAGUGAAGACCCUCUGUCUGUGUGCACCUGUGGGUGAGAAGACACGUGCCACAGCGACACGCUCAGUGUAGAGCUCCAUGUAUAUAGGUAUAUGUCUGUGUAUAUCUCUUUCCUUUUGUUUACAACUAUUUUUUUAAACCUCAAAGUAGUUCUCUUCAAAAGAAGAUAGAUUCCAGGCAACCUGACUUUUCAGUAUGUUAUGUAUAUCGUUAGCAGAGAGCACCAGUGAGGAUCAGGCGUACAUGGCCACCUGUUAGCAGCAGUGCUGUUCCCUGCAAGCCAGCUACUCCGUGAACACGCAAGUCUGGGAGGAGAAAGCGUAUUCUUUUCAGUACCUGGAGGAUGCAGCUCUCCGUGAUAAACAGGGAAUUUGAGGACAUCACUUACCUUUGGGGUUGCCAUGUACAUGAGAUUUAUCAUAGUGAUACUCUUGAGUGGUGGUUUCCAAAGACACUACUAAUCCGCAGGAAGCGUUCCAGCUGUCUGAUGCUGGCAACUACUGUUUCAUGGUCAGUUAAAUCUGUGAGAACGGUUGGCAGUGGGUGGGAUUAUGAAAUUAUAGAUGUUUUUAGAAAAACAUGUGAAUGAAAACGAAUCCAGGUGUUUCAUGUGAAGAUGUUGAGCCAUUUCUAUCAUGCAUUCCUGUGUCAUGGCAGAAAAUUUUGAAGAUUAAAAAAUAAAAUAAUCAAAAUA